CGUAGCCCGCAUUACGUCAUAGUCAGCUGUUUGAUGAGGAAGUAAACAACAUUCAAGUGAACGGGCAACACGGCGGAGAAAGGACCGGCUCUCCAAAUGACGUCCCUCAUUUGCACUUUACAAGACCAUCGAGACGAUGUCAACUGGUGUGCCUUCUCUGGCAAACUGUUUGCCACAUGUUCCGGGGACAAAACUCUCAGGAUAUACAACACCUGUGACUUCUCGGAGCUGCCCUUUUCACCGCUGUCAGGACAUGGCUACGGCGUCCACUGCUGCUGCUUCAGCACUUGCGGACAGUUCCUUGUCUCGUGUUCGACUGAUGCAACCACGAUGGUUUGGUCCACUGUCACGGGUGAGAUCGAGGCCGUCCUGGAGCACCCUGGUCGUAGUCCUGUGAGGAUCUGUGCACUCUCUCCUGACUCUGCUCACCUGGUUUCUGGGGCAUCUGACGGCACUUUGGCUCUGUGGGAUUUCCCCUCCAAACAGCUGCACAGGACUGGAGCUGUGUCUGACACGACGAUGGUGGCCUGCUCCUUCAGCCCCUGCAGUCAGGUGUUCAUGAGCGGCUCCAACUACGGGGACCUGCGUCUGUGGGACCUGGACAUGAACCAGCUUCUUGUAGAAAAAAAUGCCCACGACCUGGGGGUCACCUGCUGCACCUUUGCUCCCAACAUCCUCAGUGGUGUUCAAGUUGUGCAGUUUCGUUUGGCGUCCUGUGGACAAGACAGUCAUCUGAAGAUCUGGGCCAUUAACAAGUUCAGCUCAGGAGGCUAUAAGAUGCAGCUCCUGCACACAUUAACUGGCCAGUCGGCCCCGGUCCUCUCCUGUGCGUACUCCUCAGAUGGGCAGCUGCUUGUGUCUGGCUCUGUGGACAAAACUGUGGCACUCUAUGAUGCUAAUAAUGCAGUUUUGCUAUACACACUGAACCAGCACGAGAGGUACGUGACGGCAUGUUCCUUCUCUCCAACUUUACCUCUAAUUGCUACAGGAUCUAUGGAUAAGACUGUAAACAUCUGGAGGCUGGAGGACAGAUGCAAUAACCAUGGCGGGAAGUCGUUGCCCGAGCAGUCUGCUUUGACUUCAAGUGAAGGGAGAACCUCAGCGGGCCGAUCCAAGCUGCUGGUCAGCGAUUGGUCAGAGGGGGAUGUGUCAGCGUGGCUGGUGGACGAAAGCCUCGAGGGAUUGGUGGACAAAUUCAGGGCCAACAACAUAGAUGGGACGGAGCUGCUCAGCCUCACCAAGGAAACACUGGCGUCAGAGCUGCACAUAGAGUCAGUAGGCCUGCGCAGUAAAAUCCUGAGGAAGGUGGAGGAGCUGAAGAGUGAUUCAGUAUGUUCAGGCAUCCCUGAUGAGUUCCUGUGUCCAAUCACCAGGGAGCUGAUGAGGGAACCAGUCAUUGCUGCUGAUGGAUACUCGUAUGAAAGAGAGGCCAUCGAUAGCUGGAUCAACCAAAAGAACCGAUCCAGCCCCAUGACCAACCUUCCCUUACUGACCACUCUGCUCACCCCUAAUCACACCCUGAAGAUGGCUAUUGGCCGCUGGAAGACCAGCCACUAGCAUCUGAAAGACCUUGGACACACCCACAUAUUUCCCCCAAAGUAGUAAGAAACCACAGAAUUCCAGGUAUAAGUGAUUUUGUUCCAUUUGAGGCAUCCGAACACUGUGUUAGUUUCUUUGUUGCAUUAAUUUACAAUGUUGAGAUUUGGCAUCUUAAGCUACAAAGAGAGUGAAUAUUGGACUUACAUUCACCGUGUGACCACAAACUCAACUCCAAAUGAAUGAUCAUGUUGCUCUGUAACUGCUGGAUGUGUAAAUAAGCAACUGUAAGCCGACAAAUUCACAAUAUUAACUUACAAGGUAAUAUGCUUAAUGUUGUGUUUACAGCUGGUUUCCACUGCUCCAAGUGACCAAAACAAUCAGUUAUAUCAGAUUUAUUAUUCACUAGUCCCGCUUUGUCAAACAUAUCUUCACAGUGCUGUGGAAUAAGGUCUGGCUACACCCCACAUCAAUUCUGGGACAGGAGAAAAAAAUGCUCUGGUUUGUUUGCAUUUCUUCAAACCAAUCACAGUCGUCUUGGGCGGCGCUAUGGAAGAAGUGGAGGUUGUUCUGCAAAUAUUUUCUCGGGAAGGAACUUAUUUUUGUGGAACAUUUGCACCCGGCAAAAUUAAAUGCCACAUACAAUAUUAAAUAAAGUCAAUUGUUCACCCAAGUGAAGGCGUUUACAGACAUUGGGGUCUUGUUUGCAAAUGAUUGGUCGGAGAAUCGGCACAGUGGGGGCGGUAUUACAUUCAAUUUAUCCCACCGUUGUGACAAAGAGAGAGCUGAGCCAGACGGCAAAGCCCUCGAUCUACAGGUCAGAGUUCGUUCCUACCCUCAACUAUGGUCAGGAAGGCUGGGUCCGAAAGAACGAGAUCCAGGGUACGAUCGGCUGAAAUGGGUUUCCUCAGGAGGGUGGCUUAGAGAUUGGGUGAGGAGCUCAGUCAU